CACUAGGAACGUCCGUUACACACACGAGCGAUCCGUAUUUAUGAAGAUCAUCACUGGUAGGGAGUCGCGAGCAGCACUGACGAGUCUGGCUUCCCAAAAUGGCGCUAUGUUUAUGUCCCUGGCCGUGUGCGCUUGUUUAGUUUUGUGGACUGAUCCAUGCAUCUAUUGUUGAAGAUAAUACGUCAAUGCAACCGGUUUUAUCUGCGAGACGUGCGUGCACCGACGAUUUUAUAAAGGUAAAAAACCGUAGUUCAGAAUCCCUAGAAUAUGAUAUCGGUGCUUUCAAGUUAGCUACGGCUAGCUAGUUGACCUAAGUGGUCAGUACCUGUAGAUAUACCAUCCUGCAGAAUUCAGUAGCAACAUUUAUUACACUGAUUCAACAAAGUCAUGCAGUUGACCAAAGCCAUAACGUCCACACCUCAGACGAUGCAGGCCGCGGAGGAGACGGACUCCAGCACGCUGAGAGACGGCAUCGAGCAGCUUGGAGUGGCGGAGACGGCGCCCGGAGGAGAGGAUGAAAGUGUUCAGGAAAGAGAGGAUACUGGACUGGCGACCACAACAGGAGACGAGACGAAAUCAGAGAGUGUAAAAACCGGGGACCUCGAGGACAGCGCCAUGGAUGAAGAUGUGCAGAAUGAGGAGGUUCAGAUGGACAAGGACAUGGGUGGAAAACAGGCAAUGGGGGAGGACGGGGAAUGGGAGAUCACUUACAGCGAUGACGAAAUGGAAGACCCCAAAAACUGGAUGCCGCCUCCUGCUGAAAUCAAAAGACUGUACGAGCUGCUCUCUAAAGAAGAGAAGCUGGAGCUGAACUUCGAUCCCUUGCCCCGGCGGCCGCCGACACCAGAACGCACCCCGUCACCCGAGAGGGACGACGAGGAGGAGGCGGCCAGAGAACGAGACCGGGAGGAGCGCGAGCGCAAGCCACCAACUCCAACAGAGUUUGACUUUGACGAAGAACUGACGCAGGCGACUCCAAAGAACUCAUUCAUCAACCGGCGCAGAACCCCAGGUUCCUCCGCGCGUUCUUCUGUGAAGAGAGAAGCCCGGUUGGACAAGGUGCUGUCGGACAUGAAGCGCCACCGUAGGCUGGAGGAGCAGCUUCUGAGGACGGGGAGAGAUCUGUUCAAGAGCGAGAAGAGCCGACCGGGACCGGAGGAAGCCCUCUCCCCCAACAGCCAGAAAGAGCGGGAGAAAGAGAGGGAGCGAGACAGCAAUCCUAGCACCAUCUUCUCACCGAGACAGAGGAGGUACUGACGUCAUCAAGACGGACCUUAUAAGAGAGUUGGCGGGGCUCUCUCACAAAACUUGAAUUUUAUAUAUGAUGCAUUUUUGUAUGUUUUCUAUGACUGUUUUGUAUUCGUGUAAUAAACAUUUUACUCACGAUGAA